UUCACAGCUUCUCCAGGAUCAUACUAGUUCCAGAGAUCGCCUCUAAUAUUCGAUUACAGUAAUACACAAAACCAAUCGGCGUAAUGGCCUUCAAGUUCGUCGCAUUUGCAACGCUGAUCGCUGCUGCCAGCGCAGGACUACUUCCGGUAGCUCAACAUGGAGCCAUCGCGACAUCCCACUCUACCAUCCAGCACCAUGUGGCUCCAGCUGUCCACCAUGUGGCACCAGCUGUUCACCAUGUAGGAGCUAUCCAUGCUCAACCCGCUGUCUAUCAUCACACUCCUGCUAUUGUGAAGACCAUCGCGCAACCUACGAUCAUCAAGUCAGUGGAGCAUCACGCGCCUGCCAACUACGAGUUCUCUUACUCCGUCCACGAUGGUCACACCGGAGACAUCAAGAGCCAGCACGAAACUCGCCACGGAGAUGAGGUGCAUGGCCAGUACUCCUUGUUGGACUCCGAUGGUCAUCAUCGUAUCGUCGACUAUCAUGCUGACCACCACUCAGGAUUCAACGCAGUCGUCCGUCGUGAACCUUCCGGUGUGAAGAUCGCCCAGCCAGUCCACAAAGUGAUCGCUCAGCCAGUGCACGUGUCGAGCUAUGCUCAUGCUCCAGUCGCUCAUUCUACCAUCCAGCAUCAUCAUGCUGCCCCAAUCGCACACAUUGCUGCGCCGAUUGCACAUCAUGCUGCCCCGAUCGCCCAUUAUGCUGCGCCAGUUGUGCAUCAUGCUGCCCCGAUCGCACACAUUGCUGCGCCGAUUGCUCAUCAUGCCGCUCCGAUCGCUCACUCCUCCUCCAGCAUUAAACCAAUCGGCGUAAUGGCCUUCAAGUUCGUCGCAUUUGCAACGUUGAUCGCUGCUGCCAGCGCAGGACUACUUCCGGUAGCUCAACAUGGAGCCAUCGCGACAUCACUCUCUACCAUCCAGCACCAUGUGGCUCCAGCUGUCCACCAUGUGGCGCCAGCUGUUCACCAUGUAGGAGCUAUCCAUGCUCAACCCGCUGUGUAUCAUCACACUCCUGCUAUUGUGAAGACCAUCGCGCAACCUACGAUCAUCAAGUCAGUGGAGCAUCACGCGCCUGCCAACUACGAGUUCUCUUACUCCGUCCACGAUGGUCACACCGGAGACAUCAAGAGCCAGCACGAAACUCGCCACGGAGAUGAGGUGCAUGGCCAGUACUCCUUGUUGGACUCCGAUGGUCAUCAUCGUAUCGUCGACUAUCAUGCUGACCACCACUCAGGAUUCAACGCAGUCGUCCGUUGUGAACCUUCCGGUGUGAAGAUCGCCCAGCCAGUCCACAAAGUGAUCGCUCAGCCAGUGCACGUGUCGAGCUAUGCUCAUGCUCCAGUCGCUCAUUCUACCAUCCAGCAUCAUCAUGCUGCCCCAAUCGCACACAUUGCUGCGCCGAUUGCACAUCAUGCUGCCCCGAUCGCCCAUUAUGCUGCGCCAGUUGUGCAUCAUGCUGCCCCGAUCGCACACAUUGCUGCGCCGAUUGCUCAUCAUGCCGCUCCGAUCGCUCACUCCUCCUCCAGCAUUGUUCAUGGAGCCAGCCACCUCAGCCAUCAUCAUUACUAA